AUGGCGGAGACAUCGAAUUCGAUUUCGUUCGAGGAUCUUCCUUCUCACUUGAUCCUGAAGGUGUUGACUUGCGAUCGACUUAACGGGAUCGACUUAGCUAGCAUAGAAAUGACAUCCAAGCUUUUCGGAUGGAACCAACAGAGCUCGGAUUUCAAGUCUCUAGCUGAUAAUGCUGCGUCUCAGUUAACCUCUCUGCACCCUGUCUUCGUCAGUUUGCCUCUGCACAAUCAGGAAGCACUCGUCGCGAGAUGCGAGGGAAACUGGAAACGAGUCUGGGGGUUUCUCAAGUCGAUUGUGGAAUCGUCGGAUAUGGUGGAGACCUCUAAAGGAAAGAUGAAAGUAACGAUGGGAAAGAAACACACAAUGGUAAUCAAAGACUCAAAGGUGUACUCUUGUGGUAAAAGUGACGAUGGAGCUCUUGGUCAGGGUCCGGAAACAAGAAAAUGUGCAAGAUUGACGCCAAUAGUGUUCCCUUUCUCUGCGAAAGUGGUUCAAGUAUCAGCCAGCGAGUAUAACAGCGCUUUCGUAAUGCAGUCUGGAGAGGUUUUCACAUGCGGUUGUAAUCACUUGGAUGAUGCUGAUACAUACCUUCCAGUACACAGGCCUAGGCUCGUUGAGGCUUUGAAGGAUACUCCUUGUAAGCAGGUGGCUACUGGAAGCUACUCGACUGUGUUUCUGUCAAGGGAAGGGCAUGUGUAUACAGCUGGAUGGAACGAAUAUGGGCAGCUUGGUCAUGGCGAUACAAUGAAGAGACCAGUGCCCACGGUUGUUGAAGUGCUCAAGAACAUUGGGCCGGUUGAGCAAAUCUCGGCUGGACCGUACUUUGUCUUGGCUGUAACCGAGGAUGGAUCGGUUUACUCUUUUGGAAGUGGUAUUGAGCACUGUCUUGGUCAUGGAGAGUUAAUGAAUCAAUUCGAGCCACAUGUUAUUCAGGCUUUUAAAGCCAACGGUGUUCAUAUACUUCGUGUAUGUGCUGGUUAUGGACAUGCCGCCGCUAUUGACUCCAAUGGUUAUGUCUACACAUGGGGUAGAGGUAAGUCAGGCGCUCUAGGGCAUGGUGACCAGAAGGACCAGCCCAUUCCUGAGAUUGUGUUCGGUCUUACGAACCAUUUAGCAGUGCAGGUUUCUGCAGGUUUUAUGAGAACUUUUGUUGUGGUGGAAAGCGGUUUGGUGUAUGGGUUCGGGGCCUCUAAGUUUGGUAGCCUCGGUCUCAUUGGUGAAGGACAGGCUGGUGAAGUGGAGCAGCCACGAGUCCUGGAGUGUCUCAGACCGCACCGUGUAUCGCAAGUCAGCUCUGGUUUGGCUCAUACUAUGGUUGUUACUCAAGAGGGACGCUUGUUGGGGUUUGGAGAUAACAGAGAUUCUCAGCUCGGCUAUCACUCCAUUCAAUCAGGCCUAGAACCUACUGAGAUUGUUCUCAGUCCUUGA